UCUGCAGCUGUUGUGGCGGCAACAUGAAGCUCCUCUUACUGGUGUGUGUGAGCGUGGCGGCCAGCACCCCACUCCGGGCCAGGUCUCUCUCCCCGUCCGUGUUUGAUUAUUAUGACUUCGUCGAGAUCCCCCGGACACAGACCGCCGCCGCCCCGCGUGCGGAUGGCCCCUUGCCCCGCCGACCCAUACACCUUCGGGCCGCUCCGCCCCGCAUGCGGCCACAGGCGCCCCGCGGCAGGCUUCCUGAUUACCAGUUGGCGAACGCCGACGGCAUCCCACCCAAGUUCCGCAAUCAACCAAAGUUCAGACCACAGUUCAGACCGCAGUACAAACCAGAGAUGCCUGUUGUGUACGGCGAUGAACCCGUCUAUGAGGAACCUGUCUUCAAGCCACAGUUUCAACAGGAACCCGUCAUUUAUGUGGAGGAGGUGGUGACAGGGAGGCCACUCCAGGUUAGGGAACGACCACAGCGCCACCAGGACGACCAGAUACAUCGCUACCAGGGAGAACGACCCCCCGUGAGUCGUGACUACCUACCCAGCAAGCCUCUACCUCCCAAGUACCACCAGGAGGAACGCCGGCCGCAGUAUGAAGACCAACCGCAGUAUGAGAAGCUGCCCGUGUAUGAGGAAGGCUUCAGACCAUUCGAACAACCUCAGCAUGAAGAACACCCUAAAUUCGAGCAAGGGCGUCCCCAGUAUGAAGAACAACCCCGGUAUGAAGAACGUCCUCAGUAUGAAGAACAAGAUCUCCCCGAAGACCUGCGCGAAUACGAGGAAGAGAAGCUGGCAGAGCAGCAUCAGGUGGUGACGCCGGAGUACGUGGAGCCGCUGAAGAAGGACCUCCGGAAGCCAGUGGUGACCAACCACGUGCCCAGGACCAAGGUCAAGGUUCAGGACGACGACCUGUCCAUAGAGAAGCGUCAGGUGCUUCCCGGAGGUCACCUGGACCCCGCGGGGGAACAGUUCGUGGCUGACGCCUCGGUGGUGGAGAGCGGCAAGGGAGAGGGACGCUUGUCCUUCCAGAUCCAUGGCCAGCAGGGACCCCACUCCUACCGCUUCGGCUACGACACCGGCAAGGGGCAUAACCGGCAGUUCCGGUACGAAGAGCGAGACGGGAAUGGCCAGGUUCAUGGUCGCUAUGGCUUUUAUGAUAAAGACGGAAAACUUCAGGUGGUCAACUACUCUGCUCAUCCCGACCACGGUUUUACAGCAGAUGUACCUCAUUAGGCUGUUGGUUGACCUCUGCCUAGUGUGCCAAUUGCUAUUAUACCUUCUACUUUAUUAUUAGUGCAAAUUAAGCUAGGCUGGUUGGAGUACGAGACACUGAAAAAUCUCUCGCCACCACACUACCUCGAUCCUAAUUUUUAUUUGCUGCAGAGGGAGCUGCUUUUACCUGAAAUGAGCCCACUGGCCACUGCCUUUCAUAUCGAAGAAUUUCUCAGUAUUUAUACUGUAGUUUUUAAAUCCUAUUAAUGAAUGGCUAAUAUAAUUGAAAAAUCUGUAGCUGCCAUGGUAAAUGUUUUGUUUUAAUUUUCAAUGACAUAUUACUUUCUCCUGCACUUUAGACUUGCUAACAGUUUUGUAGCUUCACAUAUGGUACUUACCUAUUAUGGUGGUCAAUGGUUACAACAUACAAGUGUCUAGUCAAUGUGUUGCGAGUUGAGAAUGAAUUUUAAUUACACUAAUUUGGCAUCUUUAAUUUGGAAGGUUCAAAUACAAAAAAAUCGACAACAAUAUAUAUACAAACUGUUUAUAAAAAUGUUUUCAAUUCCUUUAUAAUCUGUUCAACCACUUGGGCUGGACGGUAGAACGACGGUCUUGCUUCAUGCAGGUCGGCAUUCAAUCCCCGACCGUCCAAAUGGUUGGGCACCAUUCCUCCCCUUCCCCCCCUCCUGGUUCCAUCCCAGAUCCUUAUUCCGAUCCCUUCCAAGUGAUAUAGUCGUAAUGGCUUGGCACUCUCCCUGAUAAUUUCCUUCCCUUCCUUUAUAAUCUGCUUGUGAGCUUUCUUAAUUGUUCUCACAACCUUUAUUCGACAUGAACCCUUCGACACCACUCCACAACCCUCUCCUUUUAAAGCUUUUUAAAUUAUAGGCAAAUAUUUUAUAUACAGUAUACUGUACCUAUUAUUCAGUGUUUGCUAAUGGUACUAAUACUUUUAACAUGUUAUUAUACAAAGUAAUUUUAUUUAAUUCCUAACAUUUAUUCUAAUUUAAUGUUUUAAUAUUAUUAUUCAGGGCUGGACCCUGUCUUUUUUUAUAUAAUAAAAAUGCAAUGACCAC